AUGAAUCAGGACAUAAUCAAUCCAUCAGUUCCAUCACAAAAAUCAGUUUCUAAUUCACCAUUAUGUGUUGUAUGUCAAACAGACGAAAAGAGCAUCGCGUGUAUACCGUGCGGUCACCGUGCAAUGUGUGUACCAUGUGGUUAUUCAUUGAACAAAUGUCCAGUAUGUCGAAAAGAUAUCGCUGGAUUUAUUAAAAUUUAUUUAUAA